UGUGGUCUCCUUAUAACAGAGCGGAGCACAGAGACAAAUUCAAAAAGGAAAAGGAAUCGUUCAUGGUGGUGGAUUAACCCUGUGAAGCCAGUACUAAAGAGUCCAAACCAUGUGUAAAGGAUUAGCUGCCCUGCCUCAGACAUGUCUGGAGAGGGCUAAAGGGAUCAAGACUAAGUUGGGAACUCUGCUCCAGAAGCCAGAGAAUGCCAUUGACCUCAUCAUCCCAUACCCUGAAAAGCCUGAGAAGAAAACAGAGAAGCAUCAGAAGCCAACCCCUGAAGAGGCUGCCCAGUGGCGUGAGUCUCUGGACCGAGUCCUCAUCAACAGCUAUGGCCUUGCUACAUUCAGGAGCUUCCUGAGAUCUGAGUUCAGCGAGGAGAAUGUUGAGUUCUGGUUGGCUUGUGAGGAUUUUAAGAAGACCAAGUCUCCACUGAAAAUGGCCACCAAGGCUAAGAAGAUUUAUGAAGACUUCAUUCAGACUGGUGGACACAAAGAGGUGAACAUUGACCAUUUCACGAAAGGCGUGACUCUGAGGAACCUGGUUGACCUUUCCGCUGCCACUUUUGACCUGGCUCAGAGCCGCAUCUACACCCUGAUGGAGAAGGAUUCCUUCGGCCGUUUCCUUAGAUCUGAGCAGUACCUAGAGCUCCUCAAGUAAACACAUUUAUCCAGCUGUAGGGAGACAAAAAUAAUUAUUUUAGAAAUCCACCUUUACAAAUCCAAUUAUUAUUUGUUGAUUAUUUUACUUUACAGAUAAUGUAGGAGCCUCAAAAUCAAUCUGACUAGAAAAAUGAUCUUGCAGUCUUCCAGAAUUUGGAAAAUAAAUCCAAAUUGUCUCCCUGCAGCUUUGCUAAGAACUUGUUGAUGACCAAAAGACCUAUUAUUUUUGUCUUAAAAAAUGGCAAGACAUUACAUUAAACAUUCAAAUUGUAUUCAUGCAUAAUGCCAAAGUUUUCAAAGUACUGUCCACAGUUUGUUUUGCAUAACCUGUUAGCUGGGAUGGAAUUUUUGGUUCCCUGUCUACUAAAUAAAUUGGAAAAUCCUAGUCAGACUAAUUCCCACUUGUAAUUCAUUAGACUAGACAAGUGGCUCAUGUUUGUGAAGAGAACAUCCUGGCCUCUGAGGUGCAAUUUGGAGAAGUAUCGGAGCACAGUGUUCAUCUGUCUGCCGUGAAGUGAGAUACGGCUGGUGUGGGGACGGGAGCGAAUGACGGGUGCUUUUUCUUGGAAACAUCCAUGUUAAUGUUAACGCUCACAUGUAAAAGUGAUGGGGAGUUGGGGGGAGGGGGAAUACACACUUAAACCCUGAAAGGCCCUUCAUAAUUUACAGUAAAAGAAGAGUGGGACAUGUUUAAAUGCACCGAGUCCCUGGGAAAAGCCAGAGUGGAGACUUGUUGUGGUGUGUACGUUGCUAAGAUGGGAAAAUCAAGUAGGAGUGGUUCUCCAUAAAGCAUUGGAAAACUUUUUUUCAUACAGAAGGACAGCUUUCCCAAGGAAGUAUAAGGGAUAAUCACAAAAAUUACUAUAAGCCUAUCCUGAUUUAAUCAAAAUCCAAUGAUGAGUGUCUUUCAAGACAAGCACUGAAAAUAUAUAUAAUUAUUAUUACUAUUAUUGUCAUUAUGUCAUUAUUAAUGACUUUCUUUCUCCUAAAAUCUUGCAUGCCCUUGACAUGAGCAGCUAAUCUUCAUUAUAGACACGUUGCCUAACAUUUGUCAAGUACAUGGUAUCCAUAUGUAUGAGAAUAUUUCCCUUAUUAAACUUUGCAUGUGUGAAUCUCACCAUAUGCACGUACAGUAUACUAUUGCAUGUUUUGUUUUUUCCCCUAUUUUAUUGUUCAGUAAAAACAUAUAUAGUAUAUAGCAUUAUAUGCAGUAAUAGGUGGUCCAUAAGUCCUUAUUGUUAUGCCACAUAAACUAAAAUAUUACAACACUGCAGGUCAGAAAACAUGACUUAUUCUAAAUUUUAAAAAUAGAAAAUAUCUAUUGAUUUUGAAGCAUUGGUAGCGAAUUUUGGUGUUUUUUUUUCCCCUCACAUCAAAAUUAGAUCAAACUAAAUUCAAACUGCUGCUAAGGACUUAUAGGAGUACCUCAUAUUUAAAAGUAAAUCUAAGCAAAUACAUGUAUAUGUACUACUGUAGCCACACAUAAAAUGUAUAAGUGCAUUAAAGUUGUGAACACCUA